ACUAUCUCAGUCCCAUUCAUUUUUUUUCUUACGAAAACGGAUCUUAAUUGUACAUAACAUCUGUCAUGAAUUCUGGGAAUAAAAUCAUCUUUCUUACACUUCUGUUACUGAAGAUUUAUUUACAUGACACUGAAGCUCGAUGGUCUGGAUGGAGUGCUUGGAGUAUAUGCAGCAAGUCAUGUGACGGUGGAUUGUCCAAUCAGAAACGUCAGUGUUUUGGAAACAGCAAUUGCCUUGGACCGGAAGUCAGAUAUCGUCAUUGCAAUAUACGGCCUUGCAGUGGUUACCUUAUGAAUGACAAUGACAGGAUAUGUAAUUUCCACAAUAACAUAAGGUCCGCGAACCAAGAGUGGAGCCCGUUAUCACAGCAGAUAUACCCAUGUUACGUGUUCUGUAGGGAUAUGUCUGGAAACAUUCCAAAUGAAAUCAAAACUGAUAAAGAGGAUGGCACGAAGUGCAGCUCUCAGCCCAAUUUCUACUGCAUUAAGGGAGAAUGCAAGAGACUUGGUUGUGAUGGGGAGGUGUGGUCUAACAAGUUGAUUGACAGCUGCGGUGUCUGUGGAGGAAAUGGGUCUACUUGUACUGGCAGCAGUCUCGCACAGUCACAUUUCUAUUGGCUGGUGGAAUGGAUGCCAUGUUCGGUUACUUGUGGUACAGGUCAUCAAAAAUCUCACAUAAAAUGCAUAAACAGACGGACAAAGAGAAGAACAAUGGACUAUUAUUGUGACAGAGAAAAGAAACCUAGAGACCUUACCAAGGAAUGUUCCUUACCAGAAUGCCCAUCACAGUGGGAAAUUUCUACCUAUGGGCGAUGUUCUGUGGAGUGUGGCGGAGGAGUACAGCGUCGGCAUGUCCGGUGCGUUCAGCGGUCCGGAAGAGCAAACGUUAUAACUGUGAGAUUCUCCCAGUGUCCUGAUCCAAUCCCGAUGUCGGAAAAGGCGUGCAAUCUGAACUUUUGUCCGGCCAGGUGGCAGACUGGUAAAUGGAGCCAGUGUUCAGUAUCCUGUGGUAUUGGCACUCAACUCCGAAGUCUGACUUGCAUCAAGUCUCCUUCUCACGGGAUACAGAUUAAUGUUUCCCAUUCGGAAUGCUUUGGUGCCCGACCAGAGACUUCACGGGCAUGUUCAGUAGAGGCUUGUUUUAAAGACUUUUAUUCAAUUCCUUCCAUUGUUGUGGAUAAUUCUACCUUCAUUCAGACUCGGCGAAUGAAAAGAGUGUACCUUAAUGUUGGCGGUAAAGCUAUAUUAUUACCAAAACAACCAGUGAAAAUUACAUGUAUUGUGAAAAAUAUGGAUAGAAGACUAAUAUUUUGGACAAAAGACGAUCGACUUAUUCCCGUUUCGCCUUAUAAGAGAGUUCAUGUUCUACCGAAUGGAGUACUAAAAAUUAAACGAACAGACCCAAAUAUAGACGCAGGAGUUUUUACUUGCAUGGCAGGGAUUGAGAAAGCCAGCAUCUACAUAUCGUUUCAGAACAAGAAAAAGGCCACUAAGACAGCUAGAACAAUGAUAAAGCAUAUGGAGAAAGAUAUAUUAAAGUUAGAUAAACCACAAUCAGACAAAAUGCCAGGACCAGACGCGUUAAAUAGCAACAGGUCCGAAGUAGCGGAAUUCAUGGUUGGUGAUUGGUCCCCAUGUUCAAGAACGUGUGGAACGGGUUUACAAACACGGGAAGUGACGUGUAGUGUGUACUCAAAUAAAUAUAUAAAAAUUGUCCCGGUUAAACUUUGUGAGCAGCAAGAAAAACCGGUGAAUGUUAGACAGUGUUUAGUUCAGGAAUUCUGUCCACAAUGGAAUGUAGACAAGUGGGGGGAGUGUAGUGUAAAAACAUGCAAAAGGAUAGGUAAGGCGGCACAACAACGUGCGGUGUUCUGUACAAACGGAAAUGGUACAAUCAUACAUCGCUCUAAAUGCCUGAAUAUACCCGUACCAGUCGGUUUUCGGGAAUGUGACAACGAGGAAUGCAAGGUGGAGUGGCAAACUUCCAGGUGGACGAAGUGUAAGCCACAUUGCGCGCCCCGUGGAAAGAAGUUCCGGUUGUUUUCUUGUGUGUGGAAGAAUACACGUAAACUGGCUUACACUCAGUGUAGAACACUUCCUCGUCCGUUAGCAUGGAAACCAUGCAAGUCCAAGUGUAAAAAAGCGUGUCACGACCAUUCCAGAUAUUGUUCCUUGGUGGGACAGUUAAAAAUGUGCCGAUAUCAGACUUUUACCGACAAAUGCUGUCAGACUUGUAAACAUUUGUAAAAAGUGUAUUGAUUAUUUGUUAUUCAAUUGUUUUAAAUGAUUAGAAAUUAAAUAAAAGUAUUCAAAUAUCAGUUA